AUGGCGACGAUGCAGCAGGCGAUGGACGAUGACAUGCUCAUCGACCCGCGCAUGGCUCUGCCUCUGUACGGCAUCAAAUCGGCGGACAAGGACGCCGCCACAGACUCGCCGGGCCAGUUCAUGAUGACCCCGCGCAUGUUUGCCUCGGACAACGAUGACGCCCUCGACAACCCCGUCGACUUCAUGCUGCAAGACGCGGCCGACGGCGACGCAGGCAGCAUUGAAGUAGCGGCGCCGCACAUCAUAUCGCCGCCAGAGACCGUCUCUCACAACACGCCACCUUCGGACGAAACGUCCACAGAGGCCGCAGCUUCCUCUUCCAAAAAGUCUUCGUCUUCGUCGUCAUCAGCGACACCGACGACAAGGGCGAGUAAACGAAAGCGCACUCGCGCCGCAGCCGCCGUCAGCAACAACGGGAGCGCCAAUAAGCGCGCUGCUCAGCAACCCGCCACCGCUUCCACAUCAACAGCGCAAGCGCAACCGUCGACAGCGCCCAGGCGAGGAUCUGAGUCCCGAGGCGUGGACGCCAAGCGCACGCACUGCCUCGAGCGCAACCGUAUCGCCGCCAGCAAAUGCCGCGAGAAGAAGAAGCAGUGGGUGCACGACCUCGAGGCCCGCAAAUCGGAGCUCGAGGCCCAGCACGCCGGCCUGCACGCCGAGCUGGCGAGCCUCGCCGACGAGGUGACGCAGAUCAAGAACUACCUCAUGGGCCACGCCGGCUGCGGUGACGCCAACAUUGACCUGUGGAUCGAGAACGAGGCGCUGCGCUUCGUCCACCGCAGCAUCAGCGGAGCGGAUCAGUCGCAGGCGCAGGCGCACGUCGACGUGGGCGCGAGCCGCCAUUCGAGCAUCGGGAGCUUGGCAUCCACCGCCAUGCACAGCCGAAACGACUCCAUCGGCCAAGCAUCGACGGCGCAAACAGACAAUUCGAGCCUGCCAUCGCCGGUACUCAAGACGGAGCCUAUCAACUACGACUACAUGCCCGAGGAGAUGUUUCAAGACGCGACUUGA